ACCCGGUUUCUCCCUGACGCCGCCUGCAAUGUGCGGUUAUGGAUAAGAUCCGGCGUCCAGGCGAUGCGGAAAUGAUAUUAUCUGUGAUUAUUGUGCACAUCCUGAUAGUAUUAGUCAGCGGGGCAGUGGAUCCGUCCGCCAAGUAUGCCAAUGUACAGUGCAAGGAUGAUUUUGUUACGGUGUGUGCGCCGGGCGGACCGGAUGACUGUCCGGCCGGGUUUAUGUCGCAGACCAAUGUGGCUGCCUGUGGCUUCUCCACGCUGGAUCAUUAUUUGAAUAGUUCCAAUAUUGCCGGAACUUGCUGCUACCAGAAUGCACCGGCCGCCGCACAAACCAAGCUGGUCUUUGCUCCGGACCCUGACGCCGCUGCACCGGCCUCCAAGGCGGCCGCAUCGUCGGACACGCCGCAGGAUCGACAGGCUGCUGUGAUAUCCUCACCGUCUGGUAAUGUUGCUGUUAACCUGCAAGCCAUCAGUGGAUAUCCCAUAUAUUCCAAUUAUCCCGGCGGUGGAGGCUAUGGUGGAGGUGGUGGCUACGGGGGCGGAGGUUACGGAGGAGGUGGUUACCCGUCCGGGGGAGGCGGUUAUGGGGGAGGCGGAUAUGGAGGCGCUUAUUCUUAUUACACCACUACAGAACCGGCUACCACCUUGAAAACAAUCAUGUCGAAUGUGUACGCCAUUCCCGUAUACGCACAAAUGCCGCCGUACGUCAACUACUCGACAACCGUGUAUAACUUUUCCGAUUUCAACCUCUCUUACCCGAUCUAUCCCGGCUACAAUCAACCGAAGUAUCGUCCGUAUAAGCUACCGCCGCGACCCUUUGCCGGAACUUAUCCGGCAUUUGACAAUGGACUGGGGCCACGUCCGUACAUUCCUCCUCCCGGUAAACCGUACGAUGCACCAUUUGGAGGCGGCUACAACGGCGUACCACCUGUGCCACCAGGCGGUGCUUAUAAUGGAAUUCCACCCGGCGGCGGUUACAAUGCAGUCCCACCGGUUCCACCAGGCAAUCCAUAUAAUGCAGUCCCACCGGUUCCUCCAGGUAACCCAUACAACGCAGUCCCACCGGUCCCUCCAGGUAACCCAUAUAAUUCAGUACCGCCCCCCUAUGGCGGGGCACCACCGCUACCUUCCGCUGAUCCCUACGGUGCGGCACCGCCGUAUCCACCGCCCCCACUCGGAGCCGGCUUGACAUCGUACGGCGGCGACAAGGGCUGGUCACCGCCCAAUCCAGUAGCAGCCGCGUCGUCGGUUGCUGCCGCGGUCGAUGCCACCGACGCUGCUAAUGAAGCGGACAUUGUUUCCUUUCUCACCGCUAAUUUUCUCAAACCAGAUGCCUCCGCCAACCAGGCGCAAACCGCACCGGCAUCGCCACCAUCGGUACAAGAUGACCGGGAUAUUCCGUAUGACGACACCCCACCCGCCGGUCGCAGCUACUAUCCCGAACCGCUGCUCGAUCGGGUGCCAUUCGGCUCCGGCACGCCCCUGGUCAACGGCCUGCAAGCCCUGUUAGCACAGCUGAAAGUGGCCCCGGGCAUGCAGCAAAGUGUGAUUGACACCGUACAGCGGGCGCUGUCACAAGCUGUCAGCUCGUCUAGUCCAUCGCCCAUGCUGAUCCAAGCACUGCAGUAUGCCGUGGCGGCGGUACGCGCCCUGCCGUUCAGCAGUCGGACGAUAACGCAGACGGUGGACGCACUGCAGAUCAUUUUGGAUCGCAUCGGAAAUAGUGUAACGACGGCCGCGCCACCUCCGCCGGUCACUACGCCCUCCACUGUCGAUAGAGUGCCGGUUAUUGAAUUAAACACACUAGCAUCACAGUUUCUUAUAUACUUAAAGGCGUUGCAAGGUACAGAUGUGGCGGCACCGGUGCUGAUUAGUCUAGGCGGGUUCAUCGGGAAUUUUCAGUUAGCACCGACAUUGACGCCCUCGCAUGUAAUCACACUGACCCCGCUGCUGAAUUCCAUUGCUAAUACACCCUCAUUACGUGUUGAACUGCAGCGGUCAACGGAAAAUCUACAGAAAGCGCUCGCGGCAUACACAACGUUCUCCACUGUACGCCAUGUCGGCAUACUGAUUAAAGCGUUAUAUCAGCUGUCAUCGGUCAAUCCCAAUCUGGAUUACAAAGUGCUACAGAAUCUCGGGAAUAUUGUUAGCCAGACGGCCAACAUGGCGGUGAUCCCACGAAACAGUCCUCUAAUUGAAGCGGUGCAAACCGUAACGUUGCAGAUCGUCCAAUCCUUCGGCACACCGUUGAUACACAUUAUUCUAGCGAAAAUUAUUCGCUGCCGAACCGUACCCGAGACAUGCGGCUUUGUCAGCCCGUUGCCGGCACCACCGAUCGUCUUCCGCCCGCCCCCGAGACCGUCGGUAUAUAGGCCACCCGUCCCGCCACCGGUACCGGCUCCAGUUUCCCAGAUUGCGCCACCGGUUGGUCUGCCACCGGCCAACGCACCAAAAUUGCCUCUCGUUGUACAGCCGGUAUACGCUGAUGUUGUUGACGGUAGUGAUCAGCAGAACUAUAACGACUACGGCAAUAAACUGCCUUCCGGCCAGCCAAAGCCUGAUUACGCUGCACCAUCGCCACCGCCUGUGGCCACCCCACCAUAUAACGGAUACAGUAGACCCACACCGGCACAACCAUACUACAACCCCGCCUACUAUCCCGCCCAAACUGGUUACGCCAAUCCCGAUGCGUAUGCCCUCCGCCCGGGGGGACGCCCCAAUUACCAACCAGUGUAUUCCCAACCGGCACCGAAUCCAUGGACGCCGAAAUCAAAUCUCAAUGCGUACGAUGUGCGACGCUUCCAACGGGCGCCGGGUAAGGCCGCGGUGUACAGUCUGAUGGGUCCGGAUCAGUCGUAUCAAGCUCCUCCCAGCAAUGGAUAUGAUGCGCCGUAUAAUGCGGAUAAUGAGAUCAAAGACAAGUACAACGACAACCCCGAUGACUCCUACGGAAACGGGAAUGCCAAUGACCAGUACAGUGAUAGGUCGGUGCGCAUUCCCUCUUCCGGUACGCAAAAUUCUAACCGGCCUACUCUUCCUGUGCAGUUCUAUCCCCCUUACCCAAUGGGAUCUGGCCUAUCCGCUGAUGUGAACGCGUCAACCGGCAGUGCACCGACCUCCUCAGUAUUAACGACUAACAACAAACCCGAUGCGAUGACUAAUUCGGCAAAUAACCCUGCAAUCGAUACUAACACGCCUCCGGAUAAACGAUAUGGUGUCGCGUUUAAUCCGGGAUAUUAUGCGCCUUUUAAUAGGCCGUACUAUAUACCGACGUAUAACAACGGAAACGGACAGUAUUACGACCAAUCAUAUUCGCCCAACAGCCAGUACGGAAGCGGCCAAUCUCCUUAUAAUAACCCGUACAACAACCCGGGAUAUAAUCAGCCGCUAAAUAAAUAUAAAGGUCCUGCGCCCAGUCCAACGGAUUACAGUGAUUACAGUUAUGCGACGUAUACGAAACCUCCGUCAGCGUAUGAUUAUGACAGUUACAACGCACCAACAACCACCAGGGCAUCGGUGUACUCUGAUUCCUACAAAGACAAAGAUAACGAUUAUUAUGGACCACUGUCCGUUUACGCUGGCCCGGGAUACGGCAAUAGUCAAAACAACGGAGCAGUGCUAUAUGUGCGCUAUCCGCAAAAGCGACCCGGCGCAGCUCAGCCUCCUGACGGAUCCUUGCCGAUAUAUGUCCAGCCAGUUUACGCGGAAGCUGUCGGCCAAGGGAAUAAAACUGACACCAAUACCGGAUAUAAUCAACAGGGUACAUCAGGAUAUGGAACUGCUGCGGAAAGGCCAAGCAACAAUUAUAAUUAUGCCCAAGCGCCUCCAGCGUCUUCAGGUGGAAAUCAGGAUUCUUACGGGGGAAAGAAUGUCCCGAAUGGGGCUGUUAGCACUGCGUACGAUGUUCCAGCAUUCUAUGGCAAUCGACCGGUUAAUGCUCAGCAAGCGACAUCAACGUACCUUGGCGGUCAACCAGUGUCCGGUAUCCCCGGUAAUGCACAACCGACAUACGGUGUUCCGACUAACGCCCAAGCCACCUACGGCGCCCCCACCAAUGCCCAGCCAGCUUAUGGCGGCCCAGUCAACGCCCAGCCUUCAUAUGGCGCUCCACUUAACGCCCAACCCACCAACGGGGCUCCGUUAAAUGCCCAACCCACCAACGGGGCUCCGUUGAAUGCCCAACCCACCAACGGGGCUCCGUUGAACGCCCAGCCAAGCUACGGUACACCGCUGAACGCCCAGAGCGCGUAUGGUUCUACGAUCGCCGCCCAGGGCGCUUAUGGCAGCCAGGUCAAUGCUCAGCCGGUAAAUACCGUGCCGGUCAACAAACAAACCGUAGCUGCCGCACCGGUUGGCACUCAGCCGGUAGCUACUCUGCCCGUGGCUUCCGCCCCGGCUAGCUCGCAGGUGGUGGCUGGAGUGCCAGUGUAUGCACAAUCUGUUAACGCUGCUCCAGUGUUCAGCCAGCCCGUAGCGGCCAGUCCAGUUAACGCCCAAUCGGUGGCCGCUGCUCCGGUGUACAGCCAGUCAGUGGCAGCCACACCGGUCAGUGCUCAGUCGGUGGCCAGCGCUCCCGUGUACGGCCAGCCCGUAUCAUCGAUUCCAGUGGGCGCCCAGGCAGCGGUCAGCGCUCCAGUGUACAGCCAAUCAGCAUCUGCUCAACCCGUCAACGUCCAAUCUGUUGGCACAUCCCCAAUAUAUUCCCAACCGGCUUCCGCAGUGCCAGUAAACGCCCAGUCCGUCUCGGUCCUUCCCGUCGGCAGCCAACAGACCUCGGCUGUUGGAGUUAGUGCUCAAUCAGUUGGAGCGAAUCCAGUGUACACUCAGUCGGUAUCUUCCGUUCCGGUUAGUGCUCAACCUGUGGGGACACUGCCCGUCGGCUCCCAAUCCGUUAACGCCGUACCGGUCAAUAUGCAGCCGGUCGGAACGCUGCCGGUUAGCAGCCAAUCCGUUGGAGCAUCCCCGGUCGACGCCAAACCCGUAUUCGUGCAGCCGGUCCAGGCCGUUCCAGUGUACACUCAAUCCGUCUACGGACCCAGCUACAAUCCGUAUCAAUGGUUCCCACAAUUUCCCGCCAACGCCCAAACGUCCCAGGUGAAAGCCCAGCCGGUUUUCAUGCAGCCAGUCUCCGUACUGCCCGUGUAUGCACAGUCCGUAUACGGUCCCACCUCGCUUUACUCGUCGGUAACCAAUCAGUCAUACUCUCAAACUCCAGUCAACGUGGAAGAGGUCAACGCGGAGCCAGUCAACGUGGCACCAGUCAACAGCGGCCCGGUGUACUCACAACCAGUCUACGGUCCCUCCGCCAUCUUCGGUCCCAACGUCACCGAGACCACGCCGACACUCUCCGAGAUCCCGGUCAACGUUGAGUCGGCAGACGCAGCACCGGUUUUUACCCAGUCUGUUGGGGCCGCUCCGGCCAACGCUCAGUCGGUCUCGGCAGUAUCGGUCAAAACCCGCCCGGUGGGAGCCAAACCCGUCAGCGCCCAAUCGGUCAAAACGCAGUCAGUCAAAACUAUACCGCUUGCAGCGUUACCAGUAAAAACACAGUCCAUCUAUGCGCAACCAGUGUACGGAUCGGAUUACAAUUACGGACAGCCGUAUCAAUCUAAUCCGAUGUACAUCAACAACAGCUACGGUAACUACGGUACAAGUCCGUACGGAUAUGGUAACUAUGGCAUGACGGGAGUGAUGUCGCAGUAUAACGGUAAUCUUUACGGCCAGUCACCCAAUGUUUAUUCCGGCUAUAAUUACAACCCCGUGGCCAAUGCGUACGGCUUGUACUCAUCACCAUACGGAACACCGAAUGUACCGUACUCAGUCAACAAAGGUUACAACUUCAAACCCGUGACCUUACCCAAUCCCGGCAUCUACAGCCAGUCAACAGUGCCCAGUCUGAUGCCGUACAAAUUAAAUGCCACUGCGUCACCUUUAUCACUCCCGCCCAAUCCAAACUCAAUCCGGGUGUCCCCGUCACUCGCUUCAAUGAUCUUCAAAAAUGCAUGGGCCAACAAAACGGAUAGCAGAACCACCGAUAAACCCGUCAGUACGACAACAACCGGCACAGCUUCAGCGGACGAUGAUAAAUUCUUCGCCGCUGUCGGCCCGCCUUCCGCACCAGCCAAGACCCUACCGGAAACGUUCCAGGAAUACUUCACCACGACAUCCUCGGCCACCCGUUACGGUCAAACAGCGGUUCAAACCGGCACAACUGCAGCCAGUGUGCUGCUGCCCAAAUACGACCGCGGGCUAGCCCGAGCAUCAAAUAGCGACUCCUGCGGAAUUCCCCAUGUACUACAGGAAGGAGACUUGCGCCAGUUGAUAACGUCGGGUUCUAAUUCGAAAUCACGGCUAAAGAAAUGGCGAAGCAAACGAGACGGCUCACAAAGACAAGCGCGCGUGACGACGAGUGUUGUCGCACAAGAAAGGGAAAUUUGCUGGAUGGCGGCACUGAUAAUGGAUAAUGUGUACAAAGCCGGAGGUUCCAUUAUAUCGCCAUCGUAUAUUCUCACCGCUGCCCAUGUUGUUGAUGGGCGUGAUUUGACUAAAUUGAAAGUGCGAGUCGGCGACAUCGACGUCAGGCCGACGUCUACGGGCGCUGACCCUUUGGGAUGUGUCCAAACCCUGUCCGUCGAACGAACGAUUAUUCAUCCAAACUUCAACCGCAGCACAUUGGCUUAUGACAUCGCUCUGGUGAAGCUGCGCACUCCGAUAGAUUUUUCUUCGCCCUGUGUCUGUCGGAUCUGCUUGAAUGAUCACGGACCGGACGACGGCGACACCUGCAUCGUUUCUGGUUAUGGAUCCACCCGCCUCGUGGAUCCUUUUAAAGCCAAAACCGAGCAGGAUGCCUAUUCAUUAGCUGGACCCAAUGCCGAAAUUUUGCGUUACGCCGGAGUUCCGGUUGUGUCCAACGAGGACUGUUCUAGCGCUAUGAAAGAUUCACGCUUACUACCAGAUGCCCAACCGUCUUUCGUCUCACUAGACACAUCUCAACUUUGUGCUGGGGGAGUGUCGAAAACUGAUGCUUGUUAUGGAGAUGGCGGAUCGCCUUUGGUGUGUUACGAUGGCGAGAAAUUUUAUCAAGCUGGCGUAGUGUCAUUUGGCCGCGGAUGUGGCAAAGCGCUUAUUCCAGCCAUUUACGGGAAAACAACUGACUCCAUCAAGAGCUGGAUCGUAACACAAGCCACUUACCAAAGCGUUCAGAAUAGGCAAGCAAUUUCGGACGAAGUCAGGUUUGCGAGCGCAGUAGGUGCGUAAAGGGGUGCGCUCAAAUUCUGAAUUACGCAUUCAAGCAUCUGUGAUCUCAAGUCUUGCUGGAAUGGCCGGCCGUAACUUCCGUCCAUUCAUUUUUCGUUGCCUUUUGUUUGCUUCGUUGAUUGGGUGCAGUUUUUUCAUGAUAGCACAAGAUGGUUUUUGUUACGUAUUGUAUUAGUCGUAUUACUCAUAUAAAUAUUUAUAUAACGCUAUUGAGUACGCGACGGCUUAUCUAUCUGUGUUAUGAUGCAUAUGGGUGACUGAUUGUCUUUGUUGUAUUUGUUUACUAGUUUUAUUUCGAUA